GCUACCCCAGCUGCCCGCCACCCUGUUGGCCCCUGAGCCCAGGAUGCGAAGAUGGCCAACGCGUCUCUGCCCACCGUGGUGCCUCUGGGCCCCGAGAGCCUACGCCCCUUCACCCGGGAGUCCCUGGCAGCCAUAGAGCGCCGGGUGUUGGAGGAGGAGGCCCGGCAGUUGCGGAACAAGCAGAUGGAGAUCGAGGAGACCGAGCGGAAGCCGCGCAGCGACAUGGAGGCUGGCAAGAAUCUGCCGCUCAUCUAUGGGGAUCCCCCGCCGGAAGUCAUCGGCAUCCCCCUGGAGGAUCUGGAUCCCUACUACAGCGACAAGAAGACCUUCAUCGUGCUCAACAAGGGCAAGUCCAUCUUCCGCUUCUCAGCCACGCCUGCCCUCUACCUCCUGAGCCCCUUCAGCAUCGUCAGACGCUGUGCCAUCAAGGUGCUCAUCCACUCGCUGUUCAGCAUGUUCAUUAUGAUCACCAUCCUGACCAACUGCGUGUUCAUGACCAUGAGUAACCCGCCUUCCUGGUCCAAGCACGUGGAGUACACCUUCACAGGGAUCUACACCUUCGAGUCCCUCAUCAAGAUCCUGGCCCGAGGCUUCUGCAUCGAUGACUUCACAUUCCUCCGGGAUCCCUGGAACUGGCUGGACUUCAGUGUCAUCAUGAUGGCGUACCUGACGGAAUUUGUGGACUUGGGCAACAUCUCAGCGCUGAGAACCUUCCGGGUGCUGCGGGCCCUGAAAACCAUUACGGUCAUCCCAGGGCUGAAGACCAUCGUGGGGGCCCUGAUCCAGUCGGUGAAAAAGCUCUCGGACGUGAUGAUCCUCACCGUCUUCUGCCUGAGCGUCUUUGCUCUGGUGGGGCUGCAGCUCUUCAUGGGAAACCUGCGGCAGAAGUGUGUGCGCUGGCCCCCGCCCUUCAAUGACACCAACAGCACGUGGUUCGGCAAUGACACCUGGGACGGCCAGGAGAGCUGGGCCAGCAACUAUACCUUUGACUGGGAUGCCUACAUCAAUGAUGAAGGGAACUUCUAUUUCUUGGAGGGCUCCAACGACGCCCUGCUCUGUGGGAACAGCAGCGAUGCUGGGCAUUGCCCUGAGGGUUACGAGUGCAUCAAGGCCGGGCGGAACCCCAACUACGGCUACACCAGCUAUGACACCUUCAGCUGGGCCUUCCUGGCUCUCUUCCGCCUCAUGACACAGGACUAUUGGGAGAACCUCUUCCAGCUGACCCUUCGAGCAGCCGGCAAGACCUACAUGAUCUUUUUCGUGGUCAUCAUUUUCCUGGGCUCCUUCUACCUCAUCAACCUGAUCCUGGCCGUGGUGGCCAUGGCCUAUGCUGAGCAGAACGAGGCCACCCUGGCCGAAGAUCAGGAGAAAGAAGAGGAGUUUCAGCAGAUGCUGGAGAAAUUCAAAAAACAGCAGGAGGAGCUGGAGAAGGCCAAAGCUGCCCAGGCUCUGGAAGGUGGGGAGGUGGAUGGGGACCCAGCACACAGCAAAGACUGCAAUGGCAGCCUGGACACAUCGGCAGGGGAGAAGGGGCCUCCGAGGCCAAGCUGUGGCACAGACAGUGGCAUUUCUGAUGCCAUGGAAGAGCUGGAAGAGGCCCACCAGAAGUGCCCACCGUGGUGGUACAAAUGUUCCCAUAAAGUGCUCAUAUGGAACUGCUGCACCCCGUGGGUGAAGUUCAAGAAGAUCAUCCACCUGAUCGUCAUGGACCCCUUCGUGGACCUGGGCAUCACCAUCUGCAUCGUGCUCAACACCCUCUUCAUGGCCAUGGAGCAUUACCCGAUGACUGAACACUUUGACAAUGUGCUCAACGUGGGCAACCUGGUCUUCACAGGCAUCUUCACGGCCGAGAUGGUGCUGAAGCUCAUUGCCUUGGACCCCUACGAGUACUUCCAACAGGGCUGGAACAUCUUCGACAGUAUCAUCGUCACCCUCAGCCUGGUGGAGCUGGGCCUGGCCAACGUGCAGGGGCUCUCGGUUCUCCGCUCCUUCCGGCUGCUGAGGGUCUUCAAGCUGGCCAAGUCAUGGCCGACGCUGAACAUGCUCAUCAAGAUCAUCGGCAACUCGGUGGGGGCGCUGGGCAACCUGACGCUGGUGCUGGCCAUCAUUGUGUUCAUCUUCGCCGUGGUGGGCAUGCAGCUGUUUGGCAAGAGCUACAAGGAGUGCGUGUGCAAGAUCGCCGCGGACUGCAGCCUGCCCCGCUGGCACAUGCACGACUUCUUCCACUCCUUCCUCAUCGUCUUCCGCAUCCUCUGCGGGGAGUGGAUCGAGACUAUGUGGGACUGCAUGGAGGUGGCUGGUCAGGCCAUGUGCCUCACUGUCUUCCUCAUGGUCAUGGUCAUCGGCAACCUGGUGGUCUUGAACCUGUUCUUGGCCCUGCUGCUCAGCUCCUUCAGUGCUGACAGCCUGGCGGCCUCGGAUGAGGAUGGCGAGAUGAACAACCUGCAGAUUGCCAUCGCUCGCAUCACGUGGGGCAUCGGCUUCGCCAAAGCCUUCCUCGUGGGGCUGCUCCAUGGUAAAGUCCUGAGCCCCAAGGUUAUCAUGCUCAGCCUCGGAAGCAUCGGCGAGGCUGGGGAGGCCGGCGAGGCUCCGGAGAGUGCCCCCGAGGACGAGAAGAAGGAGCCUCCGCCCGAGGAGGAUGGCAAGGACCUCAAGAAGGACAACCACAUACUGAACCACAUGGGCCUGGCUGACGGCCCUCCCCCCAGCAUCGAGUUGGACCACCUCAACUUUAUCAACAACCCCUACCUGACCAUCCACGUGCCCAUCGCCUCCGAGGAGUCUGACCUGGAGAUGCCCACAGAGGAGGAAACCGACACCUUCUCCGAGCCUGAGGAUGUCAAGAAGCCUCUGCAGCCCCUGGACGGGAACUCCUCCGUCUGCAGCACUGCCGACUACAAGCCCCCCGAGGACGACCCCGAGGAGCAGGCCGAGGACAACCCCGAUGGGGAGCAGCCAGAGGAGUGCUUCACCGAGGCCUGCGUGCAGCGCUUUCCCUUCCUCUACGUGGACAUCUCCCAGGGUCGAGGGAAAAAGUGGUGGACCCUCCGCAGGGCCUGCUUCAAGAUCGUCGAGCACAACUGGUUCGAGACCUUCAUUGUCUUCAUGAUCCUGCUCAGCAGUGGGGCCUUGGCCUUCGAGGACAUCCACAUCGAGCAGCGGCGAGUCAUCCGCACCAUCCUGGAGUACGCCGACAAGGUCUUCACCUACAUCUUCAUCCUGGAGAUGCUGCUCAAGUGGGUGGCCUACGGCUUCAAGGUGUACUUCACCAAUGCCUGGUGCUGGCUCGACUUCCUCAUCGUGGACGUCUCCAUCAUCAGCCUGGUGGCCAACUGGCUGGGCUACUCGGAGCUGGGACCCAUCAAAUCCCUGCGGACGCUGAGGGCCCUGCGCCCCCUGAGGGCCCUGUCUCGAUUCGAGGGCAUGAGGGUGGUGGUGAAUGCCCUGCUGGGAGCCAUCCCAUCCAUCAUGAACGUGCUGCUUGUCUGCCUCAUCUUCUGGCUCAUCUUCAGCAUCAUGGGUGUCAACCUAUUUGCCGGCAAGUUCUACUACUGCAUCAACACCACCACCUCCGAGCGGUUCGAAAUCACCGAGGUCAACAACAAGUCCGAGUGCGAAAGCCUGAUGCACACGGGCCAGGUCCGCUGGCUCAACAUCAAGGUCAACUACGACAACGUGGGUCUGGGCUACCUCUCCCUCUUGCAGGUGGCCACCUUCAAGGGCUGGAUGGACAUCAUGUAUGCCGCCGUGGACUCCCGGGAGAAGGAAGAGCAGCCGAUGUACGAGGUGAACCUCUACAUGUACCUCUAUUUCGUCAUCUUCAUCAUCUUCGGCUCCUUCUUCACCCUCAACCUCUUCAUUGGCGUCAUCAUCGACAACUUCAACCAGCAGAAGAAGAAGUUUGGAGGGAAAGACAUCUUCAUGACAGAGGAACAGAAGAAAUACUAUAACGCCAUGAAGAAGCUUGGCUCCAAGAAGCCUCAGAAGCCAAUUCCCCGGCCCCAGAACAAGAUCCAGGGCCUGGUGUACGACCUGGUGACAAAGCAGGCGUUCGACAUCACGAUCAUGAUCCUCAUCUGCCUCAACAUGGUCACCAUGAUGGUGGAGACGGACGACCAGAGCCAGCUCAAGGUGGACAUCCUAUACAACAUCAACAUGGUCUUCAUCAUCAUCUUCACGGGCGAGUGCGUACUCAAGAUGUUGGCCCUGCGCCAGUACUACUUCACCGUCGGCUGGAAUAUCUUCGACUUUGUGGUUGUCAUCCUGUCCAUUGUGGGCCUGGCGCUCUCCGAUCUGAUCCAGAAAUACUUCGUGUCACCCACGCUGUUCCGUGUGAUCCGCCUGGCGCGGAUCGGGCGGGUCCUGCGGCUGAUCCGCGGGGCCAAGGGCAUCCGGACGCUGCUCUUCGCGCUCAUGAUGUCACUGCCCGCCCUCUUCAACAUCGGCCUCCUCCUCUUCCUGGUCAUGUUCAUCUACUCCAUCUUCGGCAUGUCCAACUUUGCCUACGUCAAGAAGGAGGCGGGCAUUGACGACAUGUUUAACUUCGAGACCUUUGGCAACAGUAUCAUCUGCCUCUUCGAGAUCACCACGUCGGCCGGCUGGGACGGGCUCCUCAACCCCAUCCUCAACAGCGGGCCCCCCGACUGUGACCCCGACCUGGAAAACCCGGGCACCAGCAUCCGGGGCGACUGUGGCAACCCCUCCAUCGGCAUCUGCUUCUUCUGCAGCUACAUCAUCAUUUCCUUCCUCAUCGUGGUCAACAUGUACAUCGCCAUCAUCCUGGAGAACUUCAACGUGGCCACGGAGGAGAGCAGCGAGCCUCUCGGGGAGGAUGACUUUGAGAUGUUUUAUGAGACGUGGGAGAAGUUCGACCCCGACGCCACGCAGUUCAUCGACUACAGCCGCCUCUCUGACUUCGUGGACACCCUGCAGGAGCCGCUGAGGAUCGCCAAGCCCAACAAGAUCAAGCUCAUCACGCUGGACCUACCCAUGGUGCCGGGGGACAAGAUCCACUGCCUGGAUAUCCUCUUUGCCCUGACCAAAGAGGUCCUGGGCGACUCCGGGGAGAUGGAUGCCCUCAAGGAGACCAUGGAGGAGAAGUUCAUGGCUGCCAACCCCUCCAAGGUCUCCUACGAGCCCAUCACCACCACACUCAAGAGGAAGCAUGAGGAAGUGUGCGCCAUCAAGAUCCAGAGGGCCUACCGCCGGCAUCUGCUGCAGCGCUCCGUGAAGCAGGCCUCCUACAUGUACCGCCACAACCAUGACGGUGGUGGGGAUGGGGCCCCCGAGAAGGAGGGGCUGAUCGCCGACACCAUGAGCAAGAUGUACGGCCCCGACAACGGGAACAGCGGUGUGCCGAGCAAAGAGGAGGAGAGGGGCUCCACAGGGGACCCCGGACCUGCCAUGGGGCUCAGGCCCAUUAGCCCCUCCGACACACCCCUCCCUCCUGCCCCGCCCCCGGGGCAGACGGUGCGCCCAGGGGUCAAAGAGUCUCUCGUCUAGCAGGUGGUGGUGAGGUGGCACAGCCCCGAAGCACCCCCUGGGUGCCUGCCGCUGAGGGAGCUAGGGCUCUGCAUCCGGGACUGGCCCAGCUCCCUGUUGGGGACGGGCUUUGUCCAUGCUGGGCUGUCACCCAGGCCGUGGAAGGGGGAACUGUACCUGACGUCUCCACUCUGGGCUGAGGCCGCUGCCUCCGCGAUAUUUACCUUCAAGUUGCUCUCACCUCCUCAUGGGCCCUGCUGCCCUCCUCACAGCCCCGGGGGAGGCCAGAACAUCAGCGUCUCUGCCCCUGACUUGGGAGGAGCCGGCCUGUGAUGGAGGGAUUGGCUGCCCUCCUGCCCCCAGAGUCUUAAGGGCUACUGACCUCUCCACAGGCAGUGGCUCAGGCUUCCAGCUCCCUCUGGGACAAGGAAGUCUUAACCUCAGUGAGAGCAGACACCUGAGCCCAGGGCCUGCCACCCUGUCCGGCCUCUGGGAUGUGGCUCACCCUGCCUGCUCAGGAAUUCUCAGGAGAAGGAGAACAUCCCUGGUUCGGAAAUGGCUCCACAUACCCGGUGGUGGGGGUGGGGUAGGAGGGCCACCGGAUGCUGAGACAUUGGGCUGGGUUGUGGCCCUUGAAUCUUUUCCUGAUUCAUCCAUUGCCCAGGCCCCUCAGCUCCCUGGCUGGUCCCUGGGAGAAGAGCAGAAGGGAAGAUUCCCCUUGGGAAUUAUCUUUUUCUAGAAAGCAUGAUGGGGUGAGUAGCACGGGUUGGAUCCCACCAGUGUAUCGCUAAGCUGGGGGCUUCCUUGGCCUGAGCACCCCAUCUGGGGUGGGGUCGGCGUCCCUGGGGCUUGGGAAGAAGAUUCCCUCCCUACCCCCUGCCUUCCUCCGUCCUCCAUCAGUACCACUUGGGCUCCUGGCAGCCUCCCCAGCCCCAGGGUCCCCUCCUCACCCCCCGUCACACUCUUCUCUUUCUCUUGCCCCAUCCUGCCUCCCCUCCUCAAAGUGAUCCUAAGAAUGUUCUAGCUGAGCUCACGUUCGAGAUUUCAACACUGAGGCGGGCACCGCUCACCCGGCUCAGGCCCAAGCGGUGCUUCUGUUGGCACCACUGAUCUGGGCUCCCAAGGAUAGACAGAGGCUGAGCUUGGAGGAGGGGGUGAGACGCCGGCUGGGGGUCAUUGGAUUUACUCACCUGUGUGUGUGUGCGUGUGAGUCUGUGGACCACUGUGGCCCAUAGAACCUGCAUAUGCAUUUGUCUACGUGUAUAUCCAUGUGCCUGUGUGUCAGCGUGCCCUGGAGUGCUUAACCAGUGGGUAUGCACGUGUCUUCUCUGUCGGCCCGUCCGUGGAAGCGUCCUUGUGCUGUGAGUGUGUAUGUGAGUGUGAACACACGUGGUCAGGUUUGCACAUUGAGCCCCCCACCCCACCCCCGUUGAGCUCAGUUCCUCUUCUUUCUCUUGUUUCUCGUGAACAGUUUGAUUAAAACUCAGGAAGCAGCAAAACCUCCAAACAACAUGUGUGUGUGUGUGUUGCGUGCACGCCCACAGGCCAGACCCUUCCUUUCUGUCUGCCCCGCUUGCCAGCCUCCCGGCCGCUCUGCUCGGGCAUUCCUUUCUCUCACCACCGUGAGGCCACCCUCUGCCUUCUCUGCUUCUCUUCCUCACACCCACUGCGCAGCCCCGCUCCCCGGCCCGGCCUGGGUCCUCUCUGGAAGGAGGCCCCUGCUCCUUCCAUCUCUUCCUGCAGCAGUUCCGGCUCUUUCUUCAGAAGUUCCUCCAGGGGUCAGCCUCCUCUCUGACCAGCACCCUGCCCACGUCCUUUCCUUCCUCCUCCUUGGGGCCCGGACGAGUGUGGCCCCAGAGCCUCAGCCUCUGUUGGACUGAACUCUCUCCACUGGGCUGGGUGCAGAGCCAGCGUGGCUGAACGGGGUCCAGGCCUCCUCCCCCUGCAGACCCACGGCCAUUGCACCUUGUCUGGGUGGAACAGGCCCAAGCCAGGCCAGCAGAAGGCUCCUUUGUACAGUUCUUAUAAUAAACCUCCCGGUG